AGAUCCGCUCCAUCGCCCCUCUAGUCGCUGUGGUUCUGUGUGGGGCGUCGCGUCUCUACCUACCAGGAAUGGACUGACUUUCUGGCUCCACGAACCCGCUGCCAAAUCCGCUCUGAUUCCACAGCGCUGCUCGGUUCAAGGGAUAAACAGAGAGUUUGACUCAAGCCGGGGAACGUUUUUCUUUCGCCUCCAAGUUGAUUUUUCCGUCUUAGCGGCAACACUGAUUUUCAUUUCCACCGCGCUCGCUCUGCUACUAAUAGCCGAUUCGAACCCGCAGACAUUUUGUUACAUCUCAGCCGCUUUAUUUCUUCACUUUUUCCCACAUCGGUGUGGUCGCAGCCGGCUGGGAAAAUAGAGAAAAAGCUGUAAAGGGCCAACGGAAGGCGACAGAAGAGCGAUUCCGCUUCGUGUCCGGUUGACGCGUCCGAGCGCCGCUGUGUCUCAUUAAUUUACAUGCGUCGGGCUCCGCACCGCUGCCGCUGGUGCGUUAAAGGCGGAAAGCUCGCAACAGCGAUGAAUCAUUUUGACUGACAGCUUUUGAAGAAUUAGCUAGCUUAGCCGGAGAGGAGCAACGGCGCUGAUGGUGGCUUCCUGUCGGCGGACACAGUGAAUACGGGGUCGGGACAGGUUCAGCUGAAUGAUAACACACCGACUCUUUCUUCUCGCUAAACUACAGCACUUAAUUUCCGCUUGAUUUUUAAUUUUCGUGCGGGGGGAAGGGGGGUCCUCUAGCUACCGUUAGCUAGUCACCCUGCUAACGCUGGACAGCUCCUGUACGGCUGAGCUAGCUGUGGACAAAGGACCAACGCAGGGGGAAAAUAUAAACACCGGCCACACAGUUAACCGUGUUUGGGAAGGAAAGCAACAAACAAGGACCUGACAUGAUGUUUCCACAAUCAAGACACUCAGCCUCAUCGCAGCAGCUGAAAUUCACAACCUCUGACUCCUGUGACAGGAUCAAGGAUGAGUUCCAGUUUCUUCAAGCACAAUACCACAGUUUGAAGCUCGAGUGCGACAAGUUGGCCAGCGAGAAGUCGGAGAUGCAGCGCCAUUAUAUCAUGUACUAUGAGAUGUCCUACGGGCUCAAUAUUGAGAUGCACAAACAGGCUGAGAUAGUGAAGAGAUUGAACGGGAUCUGCGCACAAGUCCUCCCCUACCUGUCUCAGGAGCACCAGCAGCAGGUCCUGGCAGCCAUAGAGAGGGCCAAGCAGGUCACCCCCCCAGAGAUGAACUCCAUCAUAAGGGUACGAUGUUCCAGCCCCCAGCCCUGCCCAGGGGGCCUAAUGAUGCAGCAGCUCCAGGCUCACCAGCUGUCUCAGCUCCAGGGCCUGGCCCUGCCGAUGACCCCCCUGCCGCUGGGCCUGAGCCAGCCAACCCUCCCCGCCGUCACCACCUCCUCCGGCCUCUUCUCCCUCUCCUCCCUGCUGGCCUCCCAAGCCCAGCUGGCCAAGGAGGAGAAAGCGUCACGUGACGGCGUCGACAGCCACCGCGAGGAGGACGGAGACAAGUCCGACUAGAUGGUGUCCCCCCCGUUCAGCUCUGCUUUUAUCCAGAGACCUGAAUCACCAGAUCCGAGCCCCCUUCGGCCUCCAGCCUCUUCCCUGGUCUCCCUCUCUCUGACCUUACUUAACAUGGGCUUCAAUCCCAUCACCACAGCUUCAGACCACAAACCAGUCCCAUUACUGGGAGAGCUUUGACACCUGCCACCAGACCUCCUCAUAUUCACCACACUUUCUAUAUCUGCCUUUUCUUUUUAUCACCAUGAGACUGUCUCCCUCUUAUGUAGCUUGUGGCUUUUCUUCAAAUGCUGUCUCUCUUUUUUGUAUGUGAUGAAGCUACAUUUGCCAGUGUUUUUUUUGUUUUUAAUCAGGACUACUUUCUAUUUCUGUUCCUUCCUGCCUUCCCGUUGCCGUCUCUCACUUCUUAUUCCUGUUUUUUCCCCUUCAUUCCUGCCUCACUCUCCCCUCCAACCUCCUGCCUCUGUUCUUUGCAGGUCCUUGUUAGGCAGGACUGAUCUGUGAGACUGAACGCACCGCUCUGUAGGCGUGAAAACAGGCAAACUGCUAAACACAGGGAUUCUCUGGCAAGCUGUAAACCUCGUCAGACACAGCACAGGAUUCCUACAGACUUCAUUUUGUUAAGAUAAAAGGUCUCGCAGAGAUCAGCAGUGUUUGUUGCAUUUCAGGUUGCAUGCAUUCAGUCCAAGCCAGGAGUUGGCUGUGUGUUUAAACAGAGAAAUGUCUAAAUAGACCCUCUAUAAAGACAGAAAUGUCCCUCCGAACCAAAAAAAACCCUCUGCUUUAGGAGCGGAAUUAUCGUGACGAGAAGACGUGUUUGGAUUUUGUUAUGAACCUAAAUUUAUGUAGAGAAAGUAAAAGCGCCUUCUCUGAUCAAACGUCCUCCUGUCAGCUCAGUUUAAAACAAACGUCGGCGAGCGCUCAUCCCCGAUUUACGAUCCUUGCCUGACCCUGCGUCGGAUAAAUCCACCCGGUACGUUAACUGAAAGGCAUCAUUAAACAGAGCUGAGGUAGCGCAACAGAAAAAAAAAAGACGCCGCUGCUGCUGCUGCGCUCCUGCACCCUCCUUCAUCUUUAAUGUGCACUAAUAUUAGAGCAGACACUGGGGGUGAGCAGCGUGCAUGUUGUGUGUUUGACAGCAGAGGGCAGCGUGAGUCUUUGAAGAAUCCUCGGUUCAGUCUCGAACAGAAACAAGGACAGGCCAGAGUACAGGCUGUGUCACAAGGGAAACGGCUUAUUUAUCCAUUUCGAGCGUACAAAACUUAAUACACAGACACCGGACUGGUGACAUUAAUCUCAGCAUGCAGUCGGUCCCAGUCUCUGCUGUGAGAAACGUCUGCUUUGGUCUAAUUUGGUCUCUUAAAUGGUCUCUGAAACAAAAACACGGCCUCUCUGCAAAUUUAAAUACUGUACAUUAAGCUUCACUGUGCACCUAUGGGCUUAUUAAUGCUACAGGAAACAGGUGAUUUAACACCUACAUACGACACCGAGUGAAGCACAAGUGGAUUUCACGGCUGCUAGAGUAAGUAAAUAAAACUAUUUAUCCUGAAAGCUCCUGCACGCUCACACCGGUGUUGUCAGAUUAGACCUCUAGUUUUAUGGAAGUUGGGAUAAUGUGCACGAGCAAUUUUUCUCACCUGAUAGUUUAUGUGAGUGAACAAAUUCUGAGCGAGCACCUGUGCAGAGCAUUGCAUCCAAAGUCCCGGUGGUUGCAGUGUCCAUUUUAUUGCACAGACGUUAUCUUACAAGAGCUGAAAACCAGAAAGAUUUUUUUUCCUUGCAUUCAAAUUUGCAAAAUUUCUCCUGGUAGCAGCUUGUCAGGUGCACAUUUUUGAUGGUUUCUUGGACUUGAUUGCGUUUUUCAGCUUCCAGGAAGAGUCUGAAACGCAUCUUGAAUGUUAAAUUAAACUAUAUGAUGAGAAUGACACAGAGUUGCAAGAAAGCAGACAGAAAAGAGCAGUUUCUCUCCUAAAACUAAUCAGGCAGCACAACACUGUGGCUGUGAAGGAGCAGCCAGAAUUAAACAUCUGCUCUCCAGAAGUUGCAAUCUAACAGGUACCACUUCCAGUUUUAGAAUGUAGAAUCAGUGCAAACUGAACCUCUGAUGUUGGACCUCAAAGGCAAAUACAAACAUAUUGUAUUAUUUGAUCAGCUGUAAGUUUGAUGGUGUUUUUUUCUGAUUGUAGAUUUGAAAAUUCAGUAUCAUACACAAAAACGCACACACACACACGUAUAUUUCUUUCCCUCCUCUGUUUUCUAUCUAGAACACACACUUCCAUCAUUUGGAUCAGGCACAUUUGCUCACACAACGUUGGAUUUAUCCGCAAAAUUUGGGGCGUUUGAGGGAACCGAACCUUUCUGCUGUUUGUAAGAGAGCACAGGUGUAAACAGUUGUACAGGUGACAAACCAGAUGAAAUGCGUCGCUAAGCUAACACGCUAACCCGCUUGUGAAUUUAGCUAACGGCACUUCAUCCUCCAUCCAUCCAUCCAUCCAUCCAUCCAUCCAUCCAUCCACCGUACUCGUCGUAGUGAUAUGCAGAAGACUAAACAAACACAUCGAUGCAUGUCUGCGGGGAGAUCGAGGCGAUUUUUUUAAAAAGAAUGUUUGAUCCAAACUUUCUGGUAUCAAUGCACUUGUUUUAUUUCCUCCUCCCCCCCCCCCCCCCUUCCUUUUUUUUAGAUAUUAAUUGAUAGAAGGACGAUUCCAAAAGCUGACGUUAUAAACAUACAAAUGAAAUUCUAUGUAUUUGUUCCAGUAGUCGGAGGUGCUCGCCUCUCUAUACAGUUAUACAUAGAAAGCUUUAUGUGUAUAUGGCUGCAUCUUCUCUUGUCUGUCCUGGAUGAUUCUUGUGCUAUUGUGUUACAAAAACCGAUGUGACACCGGGGGGGGGGGGUAAAACUGCAGUACUUUGACCUUUUUUUCCCCCUUCGACCUCCUUUUUUCCUCUUCCCCUCGCCCCCGACUCCUUUAAUCCCGACUUUUUGCCCCCAUAGCGUGAAGCAUUGUAAGCGUUUUGAGCUUUGUAAAGGUCUUUUUUUAAAUACUUAUUUUGUGUAUAAUGUAAAACCUAAAAAGUGUGUACUUUGGCAAAAAAAAAUAAGAAAAAAAAUGUUUUGUGUCUGAAAUCAUAGCUUCAUUUAAACAAACAAACAAAAAAAGAACCUAUAAAAAAGUACGACAAACAUUUACUAUAAAUAAUAUGAAAUGUUCUGCAGUAAGGAAGGACUUCUGGUGCCUUACAAAUAAAGUCAAUCAAAUCAUGACAAAA